GCGAGAAACCCACUUCUAUUCAUCUUUUCUAAAUUAAUAGAUAUAAUUAAUCAAUUUAAAUUAUUUAAAUAUAAUUAUCAUUGUGCAAUGAUAUUUAAACCGUGAACAUGUUGCUGCAACUGCUGAUAUUUGCUUUGUUUCUUUUUCUCUUUAUUUACUGGAUUCUGCCCACUGGCAUUAGCUGGUAUCUGAUCAAACGUUUUCGGGUCAAAGUGCGCAUUGGACGAAUUUCAUUGCCUUAUUUGUCACUUAAGAAUGUCCACAUCAGCAAAAGCGGCUUCUCUGUCCAAAUUGAAGAGGUUUGCUUGCGCAGCAGUUUCUUCACGACGGAGGUGACAAAGCUUUUGUCAAUUUAUGUGCGGGACAUACGCAUAAAUAAGGAUAUACAUAGUAAUCGUCAGGAUGAUGUCAGUGAAGGCUUCUAUUACGAGCCACGUAAACAAAAGUCGGAGGUCAGGGGUGUUCCAGACUUCCGGCAAACCAAAGUGCCUGCGAGUAUUAUUACAUUUGCCCAGUUUAUGGCCGUUCAUGUGAACAAUAUAUCCGUGGUGCUGAUGAAUAAUGACUUUGAUCCGGGCUGGUUUAUACAUGCUACCGCCAAGGAGCUGCAUCUGGAUGGCAGCAUUGUACAGAAUGCGCGAGUUCUGCUCGUUAAUGCAGCCCUGACGGAGGCGCAGGCCAAGAUGCUGAGGCAUUGCAAUGCAAGGAGACAGUCACUGGAGAAUCUUAAUAAAAUACGUCCUUGUCUGGGCGAGGUGAGCUUCGAUGUUGCACUGGAUGCCUCCCUGUUUGCACAUGGUCCACUCUCCAUGGAUACACUCAGUCUGAUUAUAAAUAAUUGCAAGUCUGUUAUCCAUGGUGGACUCUACGAGUUUCUUAGCGAGGCUAAGAAACGUACGCAUCCAGGCCAGCAGUCCAAACGCUUACAGAAAGCUCUUACACCCGCUGCUAAGAGCUAUGACAAUGAUAACUAUGAGAAACUUGCGCCCAUAAUACCAAAGAACUUUAAUUUCAGCAUCAAGGCAGCAACAUUUUCUGCGGUCAAAGAAAACUCGCAAAAUGAUUUUAGUGCCAAAUUACAACUAUUUACGAUAACGGGCAAAUUCAACUCAAAGAUUGUGGAUGAAAAGACGCUGUUGCCUUCAAUGCUGGCCAAGUUAGUUUUCCAGCAUCUAGACAUUGAUACCAAAUAUGAGAAGCUGCUUUUUGUGGAACAGUUUACCAUUGAUUCAGUGCUGGAGAAGGACAUAUUCAAUCUAUAUGUCAAGCUAAAGACAUUCCAGAUAAUUUACAAUCACAGCGAGAUCUAUGAUUUUGUAAAUAAUAAUUUUUUGGCACGCCAACGGGCAAGCAGCCAUCAACUGCUUCAGCUGGGCAACAAGCAAAUGUCACUGCCGGACAAUUUGGGUUUGGAUGCAGUGACUCCAGCCACGUCGCCAGCUAAACAACGUCGCGAUGGCGGCAUCCUGGAAUGGAUAAUGCAACGCAUUGUGGUCAAGGGAUGCGCUGAGCUGUGGAAUGUUUCGCUGCUCAUGAAAUUGGAUGAUCAGCACAUUGCCAUGAGUGUGAGCCACACACGUUUUCUGCUGGAGCAGAUUGAGGAGAAACGCAGCUCGCUGUAUCGCAACAAGUUUCUCAAUUUGUUGCUGAACAAGCGGCAAUGGAGUAUGGAAUUAAUGGUGGAAACACUGUGGUCUAAUCUGGGCAACUCCAACAAUGAUACCAACAAUCUGAAGAAGACACAUUCACCGGGCUCACCAUUUUUCCUGGGCGUAAGUCUGGUUAAGCUGUGCUCCUAUGCGAAUACAACCAAGUUGGAUAUCUCCAUACACACCUUCCGCACCGAGUACAGUAUGCAAUUGGCUGAAUUUAUUGUCAUGUCGAUGAUGUGUGUCAAGCAGUAUGGAGGAAUUGGGAAUAAGCGCGCGAAGCUGAUACAACGACGACCUAGUAACAGCUCCGAGGAGUACCAAGGCACAUCUCUGCGUGUCUCCGUUAAGGUUAAGGAUAUCACGGCGUAUUUUGUAAAUCAUCACAAUGUUUAUAUGCUGCUGAGCUUCUCAGAGAUUAAUCUGACACGAUCACAGCAUUUUACCACACUAAAGCUGGAGGAGUUUCAAAUGGCAAUCAUGCGUUCCAUGACAGCCUCGUCGCUUUGUCUUACAGACUUUUCGGAUGUGUUUGCCAACUGUAAAAUGAUUCGCCUGGAGCAUGAGCAGUAUUCAGAAAUGGAGAACUCUCUCGGCAAGCUAUCCAUUUAUAUACCCGGCAACACUGAAGCCAUGUGGAACUCCAACUUGCACAUGCAUCUGUUAACGUUAGUCCGGGACAUGAAGGAUUUGAAAACGGAGCUGGCAGUACCAUCAUCACCUGUCGAGCUGCAAACGCCGAAGCCCAAACGCUCGCUUAUUAUUGAGCUGUCGGCGGAGCGUAGCACCAUCUGCGAAUUGAAGCUAUCGGAGCGCCACUCAAUACAGUUUUUUGUGGAGAACCUAUUCUUUAGCAACAAAGAUCACAGUAUUAUCUAUGCAGAGAAUGUAUUUGUCAAGAUCGAUGAUCAACAUAUCUUUACGGUCAAGGAGCUGAAAAUACAGUCCCGACCGCACAUGGAGGUGCUCAGCUACGAGCGACAAAACUUUCCAGGCUUUGUGCUGCCCUCGAACAAAGUGUGGGAGACAACAAUUGGUUCCUUCAAGGCAAUCUUCCCUUAUGAUCAUGACUUCUAUGACGCCAUCAAUAAUGAGUGUGUUACACACUUUAAAUGGCUCAAGCUGGUUCACAAUUAUAAGAAAAAGCCUUUCACCGUCAAUUCACCGCUGCCUAGAGAUUUGGUCAUUAAAAUCAAGGAAUUUCUGCUCGAGAUUAGUGAUGAUCCCUUUGAGGUGAAGCUGCGUGACAAUUAUGUAUUGUUGGUGGACGAAUAUCUGGAGAGUCUGAAGCGCAAGGCGUUGUUCGACAAGAAGAUUGGCGAACUCUGCUCCGAGCGCCUUCUUGUCCCCGCCGGCACCAUCGAAAGUCUUUACGCGAAUCUCGUCAAGAAGAAUGCUGAGAUUUACAUACAGCGCUCGAAGAAGAUACGAGAGAGCGGUCCAGUUCGCACUCGUUUGCUCGCCUGGAUUAUGACGGAUGUGGAAAUCUUGGCAAUGGCAGAUACCUCCAUACAUGGUUAUGAGAAUGUAACGCGUACCAUGCGGGAAAUCGAUUCCGAGAGUCCCUGGCCAGAGGAGGGACUCCAAUUCACUACACUCUGGUGUCGCGGCGUCAACGUCAGCUGCUCCGAAUGGAAGUUUAUGUUGCGUGAUUUUCCACAGCCCAUGUUUUAUGUGAAGAGCAUGCGACUCUAUGGAAAUCUGUGUGGCGCCGAGCAGAUGGCCUCGAAACGUGCCAAGCGUGAUGUCUUCGUGGAGGUGGGUGAACCCUUCCAGACGGACGUCGUGCAGCGCAGCAUGCCCUCGAUUAAGUUCUAUCACGAUUUCGACUGUGAGCUGGAGAGCUGCAGCUAUGCCUUUGGUCCCUGCUGGGAGCCCGUCAUGGCCCAGUGCAAUUUGAGCUUUGAGAAGAUCUCAGCACCCUCCAAGGAUCCCAGUCCAACGCUACCAUUCUGGGACAAAUUGCGUUUAUUGUUGCAUGGCCGCUUGACUCUGAUUGCCAAGCAAUUUACAGUGCUGCUGCAUGCCUCCUUGGAUCCCUACAACACCACAGAGGAAAUGGAGCUAACGUGGAAUAAUUGCGGCAUUGUCUGGACGAAUGCCAAGAUCAUGUUCAAGGGUGAACUCAAUGUGACUGUGAGAACUGCGUCUCGAUACGAUGAUUGUCGUCUAUUGCAUUUUCCCAAUUUGAAGCUGACGUUUAAGCUGAAUUGGGUUUGUCUUGCAAAUCCAAAUGAUCAUCAUGCUGUUAUGCCCUGUGCUCCCGAUAAGCUGCCGGAGUACUCAAGCAACCAGGUGCACGAUUCCUUCCGUGCUUUUCGCUCGCUUAAUCUCAAUAUCUGGGCAUCUUUUGAAACAAAACCAAAGGUGGGCGAGGAGGUGGAGUUAGACAUACCCAGUCUUGUGUUGUACGGCAGCACGUUGCGUUGGUUUGAGAGUCUCAAGCUCAUCCUGUCGGGCGUAACGCGUCCCACACGUCGUGGUCCGGUAUUCAAUAAUGUGCGUCCUCGCAAGAAGCAGCUGAGUCGGCACUACAAGAAGGCCAAUCUGCAGAUGUGUCUGCACAAGUUUCAGGUGCUCUACUGGAUGUCACAUGCUCUACACAAGGGCUUCCAGCUGAAUGGACGACGUGUUUCCUUCAGCUCCGAAUAUUGUCUUACACUAAAUCCCAUUGAUGAUGGCCUGAUCCAUAGACCACGUGCCGAUUGGUCGACAGUCUACAUGAACUGUGAGCUCAACGACGCAGAGAUCUGGCUAAAGAGCAUUGUGACCGAGAAGCUGGACAGCAGCUCUGAGAAUUUGGCCAGUGCUGCGGAUGCCUUUAAAAUUGUGCGCUUCUAUUUUCUGAGUGUGGCGAAAGUUUCGUAUGGUCGGGAGGCACUAAUGCCAACGACGGCCAGCAAUGCGGAGGAGGAUGCCAAAACCAAGUCAUCGACACCCACACACAAGCUGGUGGUCUAUGAUCUGAAAGGUGCCUGGACAAAGAGCAAUCGGGAUGUGGCAUUUGCACUAUUUGACUCCUUCAUGAAGUCGCAAAAGCUGAAGAACAAUCUGUCCACAGAGGCGGUUAAAAGCUACAGGAAGGAGGCGGCCAACUCCAAUGUGCUGAAGCACAAGCGGAGCGAUAGCACCAUAACACUGUCCAGCACAAGCAGCGAAGUGUUGCCCAUUGCCAAUGCGAGCACCUCGCUUAAGAAGGCUCCAGGUCAGGUGCACGCCAAAGCCAUGCUGCAACAGCUCAUUGCGGAGGCGGAUCACAAGUUCAAUGUGUACAGUGAUGACCAUAGCACACAGUCCAGGGAACUGCAGCUGCAGGGACUGCAGGCAUGCUCCAUGCAGGAUAUAAUCCAUGAGAAUUGGUCCAUCAGUCUAGUCAACUCCCAGGUGCUGCUCAAGGGCUGUGAGACGUCGGGUUAUGUGAUUAUCAGUGCGGCCAAGGCGGAGAUCCUUCAACGUGAACAUCGCCCUGUGUGGCGAGAUCGUUCACUUAUAUCAAAGACAACCUGGAAGGGAUUGCUCGAGUGCAUGCAGUACUAUGCAACAGUCAGUGCUGGAGACAAUGAUUCCCUGCUGGAGCGGGAGAUCAUGUGGCUGACGGUGGACAAUAUACAGGAUAAGGAUGAGACAGUGAUUAACAAUCACCUGCCCGAGGAUAUUUCACAUCUCGUGGGCAGUGGACGCAGUGUGGGCGGUGUUGUUUCCGAAACAGUCGGCGCUUUUCUCAGCGACAACUCUGGCCAGGCACAGCCGGUGCAGCUGCAACGCAUCGUGUCCAAGUGUAAGUGCGAAUUCUUCUAUGUCAGCUAUGGCGAUGCUAUCGAUCCCAACAGCAUCACAGAGGUGCCGCCGCCGCCAUCCGAGGAAACGCUAUCGCCUUGGGAGAAGCAGGACGAUCCUAUGGAUGCCUUUACGCUGAUGCAUCACGACCUGGACGUGUUUACCAAUUCACUGCAGUACGCAAUGAUCCUGGAUGUUGUCAACAAUCUUCUGCUCUAUGUGGAGCCACAGCGAAAGCAGGCAGCCGAGAAGUUGGCCCGGAUGCGUUUCCAACUCCAAUUGCACUCCACGGAGGAUCAAAAGCGACCCAUACAACAGAAGCAGACGGUCAUACGGAGUCUGUUAAUGAAGAUACGAUCCCUGGAGAAGGACAUUCAUCUGAUCAGCAAGGAGCGCGUCGAGGAAGGUGACACGCUCGAGUUACGCAUCGACUUUGAGCGUGUUCAGCAACAGAUCCGGGACAGCAAGGAGGAGCUGAACACCUACAGCGAGGAGCUGGACAUGAUGUUGCUGUGCUACAAGGAAACUCAACUCUCCCAGCUCAGUAAAAUCUCCAAUGUGCGCUCGGACAAGUCGGUGACCAUGGUGCGGGCCAAUGAGAUUUGCUUCAAGCGUGCCCAGUGGCGUCUCACGGAAACAGAUGGUCAGAUUGGUAUUGCGGACUUGGUUCUGAGCGCUUUUCUCUAUACCAAAAAGUCAAAGAGUGAUGAUUCGGUGGAGCAUCUCCUGGAGCUGGGCAAUAUACGCAUGGAGAACCUGUUGCCACGAGAGAUCUAUCGCGAUGUCCUCCUGGCCACGGAGAUUCAGAAGGAUAUGCCCGUGGAUACGCACAAGCGUGUCCUUCGCAUCUUUUGUCGCGAGAAGCCGCCUGUGGGUGGAAUUUCUGUCAAGGAUCACUUUGAGAUCAAUGUGGCACCUAUAACGAUAGCAAUCACCAAGAAGUUCUAUAGCACCAUGUUGAAGUUCUGCUUCCCGGAUCGCGAUGCAUCUGAGACAGAGGUCAGCGAUGAGCUGGACGAUAAUGCCUCCACCAGUUCGGCCUCCUUAACGAAUUUACAGGCCAAGACAGUGUCCAAACGAACGGCCAAAAGCAAAAAGAGCGCCAAGGAUUCCGAGUUUUAUGUGAAAAUCGAAAAGGAUGACGUGGAAAAGAUGAAGGAGCGCGCGGAGAAGAACAAAUUGUUUAUAUAUAUUAAAAUUCCCGAGGUUCCUGUGCGUGUCAGCUACAAGGGCAACAAGGAGAAGAAUCUGGAGGAUAUCACCGACUACUCGCUGGUCAUACCAACGCUAGAGUAUCACAAUGUCACAUGGACCUGGCUGGAUUUGCUGCUGGCCAUGAAGUCGGUUAGUAAACGGGUUAUCGUCUCGCAGGCCAUCAAACAGAAGCUGCAAAUCCAUCGACGUCAGCCGGUUCUGUCAGCUGGUGAGCGUGCCACGCCCCAAGAGGAGGAUAAGGCCAAGAUGCUCUUUGGCAAUAGAUUGCUGAGCGAGAAUCGUAACCAAAGAAAAGGUGGCGGCGUCUUUAAGUUUCCAUCAAGCGGCAAGAGAUCUGAUUAAUAAAGUAGCACGCGACAACUUAAUACUGUA